GACAGCAGCAGCAGCAGCAUCAGCAGCAGCAGCAGGAGGAGAAGGACGCUACACCCCGAGAACAAACUGCCCGAGCGCCAUGGAGGCUGUGAGGGUCGCGGCUUGCCUGUGUCUGCUGGCGGGCGUCUCGCUCCAGGUGGACGUGAAAAGUGGCAAAGAGGCGGGGAAAGCCGGGAAUUUCAUGGAAGAUGAGCAGUGGCUGUCUACCAUCUCCCAGUACAGCCGGAAGAUCAAACACUGGAACCGCUUCAGAGACGAAGUCGAGGAUGACUACAUCAAAAACAUGGAGGAGAACACUGGUUCUGAUGAAACAAUGGACACCACCAAGGACCCGUGCCAGAAUGUGAAGUGCAGCCGCCAUAAGGUGUGUGUGGCUCAGGGCUACCAGAGGGCCGUGUGUGUCAACCGCAAGAAACUGGAGCACAGAGUCAAACAGUCUGGGCAGGUGGAAGCACAUGAGAACAGCUGCAAGCCGUGUCCCGUGUCCUCCUCCUCCCCCGUCUGCGGCUCAGACGGACACAACUACGCUUCUGAGUGUAAGCUGGAGCAGCAGGCCUGCCUCACGGGCAAAGACCUCAGCGUCAUGUGCGCUGGAUUUUGUCCCUGCGCCUCGGCCUCCGUCACAAACACGGACACAAAGCGUGAAAGCUGCACAGGCCAGGACCUGGCAGACCUGGGUGACCGCCUGAGGGACUGGUUCCAGCUCCUUCAUGGAAACGCAAAGCAGAACAACUCCGGCAAGCCCGGAGCUGGCACCGCCUCAGUGCUGGAGAAGAGCCUGGUGGCCAGCUGCAAGGACUCCAUCGGCUGGAUGUUCUCAAAGCUGGACACCAACGGCGACCUGUAUUUGGACCAAGCCGAGCUGGCCGCCAUCAACCUGGACAAAUACGAGGUCUGCAUCCGACCCUUCUUCAACUCCUGCGACAGCUACAAGGACGGGAAAGUGUCCACGGCGGAGUGGUGCCUCUGCUUCUGGAGGGAAAAGCCACCCUGCCUCGCCGAGCUGGAGAGGAUCCAAGUGCAGGAGGCGGCCAAGAAGAAACCCGGGAUGUACAUCCCCAGCUGCGACGAGGACGGCUACUACAGGAAGGUGCAGUGCGACCAGAGCCGGGGGGAGUGCUGGUGCGUGGACCAGCACGGCGGAGAGAUGAUGGGCACCAGGAUCCAUGGCAACCCCGACUGUGAUGAAGUGGCGGGAUAUUCUGGAGAUUUCGGGAGCGGAGUGGGAUGGGAGGACGAAGAGGAAAAGGAGGCGGAGGACGCCGGGGAGGAGGCGGAGGAGGAGGAAGAGGAGGAGGGCGAGGCCGACGACGGAGGAUACAUCUGGUAGGACCGUCCGGCCCGCCGCACGGAGAGCACGGCCGCCGGCCCGGAAGAUCUGCGGGCACGGCUCUCUCCUGAACAGAUUCUGGGACGGGACCGGGGAGGCUGUCCCGGCGGGGUGUGUAGUCCUGGCCAGGUCCAGCGAUGAGACGAUGACCAGUUGUUUUUUUUUUUUUUGUUUUGGUUUUUUUUUUGUCUUAGAUAUGUGUAAUUGCUUCAUUCUAUUCUCUGUUUUUUAAAGUGACAGAGCUUUUUACUUUGCUGUCCCGCCAAGCGGGACCCACUGACUACUGCGCCGUAGGUAGCUACAGUCCGUCCAUCACGAUUCCUAUCUCGUCCGACCGCCAUCUAUGCAUAUAGAGAUUACGAGUGAUUUUGUAUUGUGUCAACAGUCGCUUGAGUGUUAGAGCUGCCAGCCCACCGAAACGGCGAGAGAUCAGAACUGAAGCAAACACUUCGACAUUUUGGGAAAUAGGCUGUGUUUGUUUUUAUAUUGUAGAUAAUUAGAGGAAAAUAA